CUGAAAAUGUAUCAUCAUUAGAGAGGAAGAAAGACAGACAUUCACUGAAUGGAAACUCCCUUUCUUUCAUGUCCACUGUAGUAACAGUGCGCACGUGACUGGAGAAAGCGAAGGCUGCGUCCCAAUCUGCGCGCGCACUACUAACUAACGCAUAGCACGUCCCAAAAAUACAGGUUACCAUAGUUACCAUAUGUAGCGUAGUAUUUUCUACGCGCUGCUUAGUAGGCUACAGUGAUUUGAGAUUGGGACGCAGCCGAGGUAAUCCUUCCCUUCUGCGGUGACGCUUUAAAGACGCGGGGCGUCGUGAGGAGGACAGGACAACAAAAAAAAGGAAAAAAAGAAGACAGCUACAGUAGAUCUCAGGGCUGCACAGGACGCGGGCAUGGCAUCUCCGAGCCUGGGGUUUAACGGGGCUCGGAAGAAAGCCGCCGCGAGGAACGGAGCUGUGGAGAGGAGGAAUUUAAUCACCGUAUGCAGGUUCUCGGUGAAAACGCUGAUCGACCGGUCUUGUUACGAAACUAUAGAUGACACCUCGUCGGAGUUCAUCAACUUUGUCUCUAUUCUGGAACAGAUCCUCAGCCAUCGGCUCAAAGGUCAAAUCACUUGGUUUGGCUACGAGAGUCCACGUAGUUUCUGGGAUUAUGUGCGUGUGGCUUGUAGCAAAGUCCCUCACAGCUGCAUCCCAAGCAUUGAGAGCAUGGAGAAUGUACGUAGCUCCAGAGCCAAGGGCCGUGCAUGGAUCCGAGUUGCUUUGAUGGAGAAACGGCUCGCUGAAUAUAUAUCCGCUGCCUUGAGAGACUUCAAAACCACAAGAAGGUUUUAUGAGGACGGUGCGAUAGUGCUGGGAGAGGAAGCGGGUGUGCUGGCAGAUACUCUCAUUGGACUAAACGCUAUUGAUUUCAGCUUUUGUCUGAAGGGUGAGAGUUUGGAUGGAAGCUGUCCCGCUGUGAUUGACUACACACCUUACCUCAAGUUCACGCAAACCUCAGACAGCAUCAGCAGUGACGAGGAGGAGAUGAGGACUCUGGGAAGCAGUGGCAGCGAGGCCAGCACACCGGAGUCCAACAUGGCCGCCUGCUUGAGCACGGACCUGAGCAGCUGGUUCAGCAAGUGCAAACGGGUGGAGCAGAAAUACAGAGUGGUGCUGGAACAAAAGGGUUAUCUGGAGGAGCUGGUUCGUCUGAGGGAGGCUCAGCUCUCGGAGUCCGUCUCCCAAAAUAAAGCUUUAAUGCAGCGUUUUGCAGAAGCCGGCAUCGGCCAUAAACUGGAGAAAGAACAGCUGGAGUUCAUCAUCCUGGAGCUCCAGGAUCAGCUCAGAACUGUACUGAAGAACCAUGACCUGCGAUCCAGACAGGAGCUCACCUCUCACCUGACCAAUCAGUGGCCCUCACCCGGUGCCGUGGACAGCAACGCUGUCGCUCUGGACACCCUCCUCUACCAGAAGAGCACGGGACGCUGGGAAGAGAAGAGCUUUCCGAGUCUGGACCAGCUGUCCGCCGAUAUGAGUCUGUCUCAGAUGUCCCUGGAGCCGGGACACACACACAUGCAUAGUCUAGAUGGCAAGACCGGACUCGCCCCCUGGCACAGAGAAGGUAAAGAGGACACGCCGUCUCUCAGAGGUCUGUGUGGGUCUCUUACUUCAGUGGCCAGCUAUAAAUCUCUGGCCAGCCUGAAGUCCAGUGAGUAUCUGGCGAGUCCGACUACAGAUAUGACAAGCCCAGGGCUCACUCCUUCCUAAACACGUGCUCUCACACACGUACACACACAUCCUGUACAUAUACAUGUAUUAUAGUUAUUUAACCAUAAACUGAAAGCCUAGUAUUCAAUUUUUUUUUUUUUUUAAACAGUCUGAGAAUCAGACUCUGUUACUGGACCAGAUCUGACUGCACUGUGCUUGAUCACAUGAUCAAAGCUAAAUCAUGGAAAACUACCUAAAAGCUUGGCAUCAGUAUUAGUCUUGUGGCUUUUAAUGUACAAAUCUGCUUAAUUCUCUUCCACAUCUUUCCAGCUUAAAACACUAUGCUACAGGGGUGGACAAAUCAUAACUUCUUUAGCAAGUGAAACCUCCAGUGUGCUGCCCAGUUCCAUGUUUAGUUGCAUGAAAACCUAACUGGUGCGGCUAAAGUGUGGAACUUAAUAACGUAACGUAAUAAUGCACGGCAGCUCGGUUAGCUUGUUAAGUGCAUUAAUUGCUCAGAUUAGUUGUUUGAUUUACAUGUUGCACGCUCUACUAUGUAUUAGCUCUGAUUAGCAUUUUACGUUUACAUUUUAUGGCAUUUGGCAGACGCCCUUCUCCAGAGUGACUUACAUUUUAUAUAUCAGAGCAGUUGAGGGUUAAGGGCCUUGCUGAGGGGGCCCAACAGUGGCAGCUUGGCGGUGCUGGGGUUUGAACAUCUUCGCCACGGAGAUAUCACUGCCCCAGACUAGCAGAUUAGCAAAGCAAGCUAAGUAGAGUCUCUGCUAGUUCCGUAUAAAGCCGUAUUUUUUGUCGUAAUGCCUUUUUACAUACAUUUACUGAGAGGUCAUGUGCGUCAGGAUAAGAUGAAUCCAUGCUAGUUUUUCCCCUCAAGUGUUUCCUGAAUUUUUAGACAGUAAAUGGGAACUAAUUGCAGGUAGGAACUAAAGUUCCUAAAAAAAAAAAAAAAAAAAAAAAGUCAGACCACACGUGCCUGAGAAUUUGAUUCGAGGAAAUUAUUUGGAUUUGCCACAUUAUUAUUGAUUCGUUUGCAAUCCUAAUUUGUGUGGAAUUCAGAAUCUACAAAAUAAAUAAAUAAAUAAAUAAAUAAAUAAAGUCGCGCUGUCACUUUGUCGUAACUGAAAUCGUAGAACGUACGUACAGUACGUAAAACACUAACGAUCUGUCACUUUGUUGCUCACUAACGUGAACGGAGAUUAAGAAAACGAUCGAGUGUACAUGAAAUGGUUUGCCGGUCAGUCAGGUGCUUCACGUAGUGCAAGCCGGCACUGUCAUGAAGGGCAUCACCUUUUAGAUGAAUAACAUGGAAACUUCUCCAUCGGGUAACUACGAAUACAAACGUGAAUAUCCCAUGCACAUAAUCCACUGGUCCCAGGAGCACAUGCUGGUGAUUUGUCCACCCCUGUUUAUUAUCUAUUUCUUGGUCACAUUCACUGAAUAAACCGCAGCUGUGUUUAAUGUAUUCGGUUUAAACUCAGGAACUGCAACGGAUAUAAAAAAAAAAAAAGUCUACACACCCAUAUUAAAAUGGCAGAAGUAAAAAUAAUGAAACUGAGCUGAAUCGUGUCAGAACUUUUUCCACCCUCAAUGUGAAAUUACAACGUGUAAGCACGGUCGCCUCACACCUCCAGGGUCCGGGGUUCGAUUCCCGCCGGGGUCAUGUGUGUGCGGAGUUUGCAUGUUCUCCCCGUGCUACGGGGGUUUCCUCCGGGUACUCCGGUUUCCUCCCCCUC